UAUCAGGCGCCCUCACCGCAGGAACGGAGACGACGUCGUGAGCUUAAUACAAUAAUCGAAGAUGACCAAGAGGACGACGUGUCGCCGAUUCGUUCACCAUUCAUGAGGAAGCAGAUUGCCAGGAACAGAACACAGGAAGACAGGAACAAGAUCCAGGCGUGGCUGGCACCCCUCGAGCCCACACUGAGGGAGGACGUCCUCACGCCCAAGGGUUUUCCCACCCCAAGAGGCCGCCACUUCAUGACCGCCCCAACACUGCCGUCCUCUCCAUCGUCAGCCUCAUUUUCGGGCGAGGAAGACAGUUCUCGAGGGGGGUCAUCGUGCAAGUCAGACGCGUGGCAGCGGUCGAGCGUCAUGACCGAUGUGACCGAGUUUGACGACCUAUAUGGCGUCUCAGAUGAGGAAAGGGGAGAGCUCAAGCGCAACUCGGCAAGAUCCUCUCGAGGUCCCAAGAACUACGGACACAGGCUUUCCCCCAAGACAACAUCCGACGAGGCCAGGAAAUCACUGCCACAGCUCUCCAUCCCUGACCACCCUGAAUCAGAGAAUGUGGCGUGGUCGCCAGAACGCCGAGGAGGGUUGAAGAAGACACAUGCAUCGCCAGUUCCUCCGACACCACCCUCGGCUGUGGCCAUGUCCCCAGCCAUGCUGUCUUUCAUGAAGGCCCAACAUGCACACGCCAUACCAACAAUCUCGGCACCGCCAUCUCUGGACGGAUCUCUUGAUGGCAGCCUUACAUCUGAGCAGCUGGCGGCUAUGACUGCGCCGGCAACGCCCGUCAUGGCCGGCGAGGAUCCCUCAGACAGUGAAAACUGGGCCGGUGUCCAGCUGCAGCCUGGCGCGAUGGAGACUCUUCAGGCGCUCUCUGGACCAGAUUCGGAGGACGAGAUGGAGGAACACCGCCAGAACCACGCCAUUGAGGUUUCUGAGACGCCCAUGGUGGAGACACACCGCCCAUCACGCCCUCGCCUCAUCACCAGUAACAUCUCGAGGGCGCCCUUUGUGCUCUCCCCCGCCCAGCAGAGGUCUUCCCUGCAGGAUCUCACUAAGCUGGAUAUCCCAUCACCAGGCGGGUUCUUCUCUGGACUCUCACCACGGUCUCGGACGACUUGGCACUACGGCACUUCGCCCGCUGAAGAUAUCGCUCCUCCCACGUCAACGACAGCUGAGCAAUUCUAUCGAGUGCCCUGGAGCAGUGAAGAGGCUCCGCCCAUGGCUGCAGCUCCUGCCCAGCGGCCCCUUCGCAUGACAGCUGGCGACUACUCGACCGAGCCCGUGGAGCAGAUUAUCGAGGCGCUCGAGUCCAUCAAAGAGGAGGAAGAUGUCCUGACCGCAAUGCGCAUCAGGUCUCCGAUCACUGCCAUCCGAGUGCCACAAAACCAAACACCUGCGAACCCGGGCGUCGACGCCGAACAGAUUCUGUCGCCCCUCUCACCAAGAGAUGAGAAUGCGGUGACGGAGAUCGUCGUCGACUUCGAUCCCGAAUACGCUCAAAAGCAGCGUGCGAUUGCGACCUCGCACAUCGACCGUACCGAGCUGUGGCUCAGGGCACAGUUUGCCUACUUGAGAGGCGUGGGCUUCGAGCCAGCGGAGCCCGGCGCAGAUGUCGAUCCUGAGAAAGUCGUUCUCAAGACGACGGAGGGAUCCGAUGCAGGCGAAGAAGAGGCCGAACGGGCUCCCACACCACCUCCCAAGGAUGGUGAGCAGCCCAGGCCCACCACGGCCCUUGUGCGCAAGAAGACGGUCCGCUUCUCGAGCCAAGUCACCACUACUGGUCCCUCCUUGGAGCUCAAGAUGCCGUGUAGCCUCCCGUCCAGGCUUCUGAAGCAAGAAUCCACCUACUACCGCGCCUUCCAGUCCAUGAUCGUCAAGUCCAGCCACGCAGACUCUUUCGUCUCCCGUGUGCCCCGCUUUGAGGCCCUCCAGGCCCAGCGCAUCUCCCUCCGCGAGCAGCACCGUGCCCAGCUCCUCGGCAAGUACCAGCUCAGCGUCAUCCCUCAAUCCGCCAAGAAGCGCAUGAGCGCCAACGUGGCCCGCGGGGACGACGAGAUCUUCGAGGACCCAGAGAAGAUGCGCGCCGAUAAGGAGGCCGAAGCCCUGCGGCAGAUGGCUACCGCCAACUGGCACGUCGCGGCAACCAAGAUGCUCAACGGCGGCCGUCUCGUCUGCGCACCCGUGCACAAGCGACUGGCCCGCCUCUCCCUCGCGCCCGGCGCUGCCGUUGGGCCCAAGCGCCUGCGCAUUCUCGACCUGGGCGGCCAGUCCACGUGCGACUGGGCAUGGUACGCCGCCCACCAGUACCCCAACUCCAAGGUCUACACCGUCACGACCAAGUCGAUCCGCCAGCUGUCCAACGCCAACGUGCGUGGGCCGCCCAACCACAGGCAGGUGGCUGUGACGAGCCUAUCGAGGCUGCCCUUUGCCGACGGCCAGUUCGACCUCGUGUCGGCGCGCGAGCUGCACAGCAUCCUCAAGAACUCAGACGUCGCCGACGCCGAGGACGAGUGGGACGUCUGUCUCCGCGAGGUCAUGCGCGUGCUGAAGCCCGGCGGCUAUGUCGACUUCAGCGUCAUGGACUCGGACAUUGUCAACGCCGGCCCACUGGGCCUGGCCAAGAGCGUCGAGUUCGGCUUCACCCUGCAGACCCUCGGCUACGACCCCAGCCCAACCAAGACCUUCCUCUCCCGCCUCUACCGCGCUGGCUUUGACGAUGUCCGUCGCGGCUGGGUCGUGCUCCCCCUCGGCCCCAAGCCGGCAGAGAAGCCCGGUCCCAUCCGCUACGGACCCAACGGUCCCAUCGACGCCAAGACCGCCGCGUCUCAGCAGCAGCAGCAGCAGCCCCCUCGCGGCGGGAAGACGCUGUGCCUGAAUGCCAUGGUGACCCAGGAGGCCCCGUCAGGCAGCACCGACGGCGCUGCGGCCAUCGCCGGCGUCGCGGGCACCUGGAGCUGGGAGAAGUGGAUCCUGCGGUGCGAGAUGGAGAAGGCCGCGGGCGAGAUGCACAGCGGCUUCAAGCUGGCCGACACGGUGUCGACGGACGGCGGGGUCAUGAAGGAGGCUGGGAAGAGCCUCGACGGCGUCGCUGCCGUGGUCGAGGAAGGCCGCGCUCGUGGUGCCGGCCUGCGCCUGCUGAAGGGGUAUGCGCGCAAGCCUGAGAGGCGGGAGCUGGAUGAGAUCAUGGGGACGAUUGAUAUGAUGCUGGACUUUUGAGGUUCGAUUGAUGAAUGGAUGCAUGGAUGCAUGAAUGGGGUUAUGGUAUAUACAAACACGAUUGACGAUGCGCUCUUUUAUUUUUCUAUGUCUAUCUCUUGGGAUUCUUCUUCUUUGGGUGGGUGCAGGAUCAGUAAAAACUAGAAAUCUCCUUUUUUUGUAAUAACGUGUCCUCUGUCCGGUUUGGAUUCCGAGGACUUAUGUAUAAACAAGGAAUACACACACUGCAUCUGCCU